CGAUUUCGCUGAGCUAUAUAUAUAACUGCGUAAUGUUCGUAUGCUUGUUGCAUUUGCAUGUUUAUAUGUAUAUUUUUUAGUUGUUCUGUGGAAGGUAGUACGCGGAAUUGCAUCUGAUUCAGUUGAACUGAAUUUCAUAGGUAGUGUUUGGUCGUAUGGAAUAAAAAUUUGGAAGUUUUGCCUGGCCUCCCAACGGAAUGACAAUUCACCAAAAUAAUUGGUGAAUUAUGACCAUCUUGUUUAGAUCAUGCCAUUAUUAGGAACCGUUACUAUUUCAGAAAAAAAUGAUCAUGGAUUCUAGCUUCUUUUAAAUGGACCGAACUUGGCCCUAUAUGUUUCUUUCUUGUCGAUUUUUAGUGGUGUGGUGUGUGAUGUUAGCAUAUGAAGCUUAUGUGAUUAGCGUGGGCAUAUUCCUAAUUCUGCUGUCAACCUUGUUGAUUUGUGGACGGUACAAUCUGGAAAAGAAUUAAGUUAUUUAGCGAAAUCCACGGCAUUCACUUGGGAAUUUAAUGUUUCAUUUUUUGGGGUGGUUUUGUAAGCUUUACAGACUUAAAUGUUUAAUCUCUGAUGAGAGUAGAUGAAAUAUAUUUCUCAGUAGCAAACGACUUUGUGUAAUAGAACAGUUCAGACUGCAACUUGCAACAGCUCAGUUAAUUUGUAGGUAGGGCACAUGAUAAAUAAUGUACUUAACCACUGAUUUAAUAGUCUUAUACAACACAUUUAAAGCUUCUUCUUUUUAAUCAUUUUGUUGGACAUGUCUAUUGUAGAAGUAGAAUGGUCGAUGCGUUAGUAGUAGUAGUGAUGUGGUUACCUUAGAUAGUAGCACUAACGAGAGGGCUGGAGCCUAGACCAAAAUUAAGUUUAGAGACAAUAGAUUGAAGGACGUAGAUUUCUUGGCUAUCACGGAACACGAUGCUCGAACUCUUUAAGACAACGGAUUCAUGUAGUUGACCCCAAUUGAUUGGGACUAAGACUCGGUAUGGUUUGGUUUUUUUUAUUCUUUUUUUGUUUUGUGUGUGUCGGGGGGGUUUCAGAAGAUGCAUGUUAAUAUAUUAUCACGGGUGAGCAGGACCGCUAUGCGGGAUCUACAUGGGUGAGCAUGGUGAAGUGCCAUCGAGAAAAUUUUCCAUUAAAAAAAAAAGAAAUUUCCUCUAAGAAAAGCAUGCGGUAGUAUUCAAAAGAUGCAUAUUAUCACCUGAGCUGCUAUUGCGUACCUCUUGAGAUAGAUGCUCGAGAGUUGAGAUGCUAGCUUCAACUAUUCUGAAACACACAAAGACAUGAAGUAAAAAUGAGAGAAGUACUAUGUAUUGUUGAGCAUGGAAUAGUUUCUAAGGAUGGAAAGAGUGUUUACUGGGAAUUAUGUGAACCCCACCAUUCAAGUGGCUUGGUUGGCUCCACAUGUCUGUGUACCAAGUGACGAAGAUUCUGUGGCGGAAAAGAGAAAGGGGGAAGAGCUGGUUGUGCCUGAAGGGAAUAAGAAAAAGAAGAAGCAAGUUAACACACCUCGACCUGCUUGCUCUUGGGUGCAUUUUAGCCGUGAGUUCAUCAAAGAGUAUAGCGCUUCCCAUCCUGAAUCUUCAGGCCUGAAAGCUGCCACAAAGGCUGCCUCUGAUGCAUGGAAGUCAAUGAGUGUUGAGGAAAAAGCUAAAUAUACUAGGCGUGCCCGUGAAGUGUGGGAUAACUACUUGAGUACUGCUCCUGCCCGUGUUUCAAAACCAAGAAGACAGGCCAAACUAAUCACAAGGUGCUCUCCUGGUCGUUUAUUGAAUGUAUUGCUACGCUUGACCCCUGACCAAAAAGUUUCUGUGAGAAGCAUGGGAUUUGGCAGCCUUCUUGGUCUCAAAUGUCGAACCCUGCGGCGCAGCUUGUGUCUUUGGCUGUUAGAGAGGUUCAAUACUGCACGAAGUAGCAUGAAUAUUUGUGGUGUGCGCAUUCCUUUAUCACCACAGGAUGUGGAACUUGUGCUGGGUUUAGCGGCAAAUGGGAAGGAUGUGGUAAACUCAGGUCCUGAUGACCUAAUUGCGGAAUUGCGUCAGAGUUACAACGCUACGAAUCAUGGGAUCUCCCUUCGCCUAUUAGAGGAUAGAUUGGCAGCUCCAGAAGCAGGAGAUGAUUUUAAGAGGUCAUUUGUAUUGUAUGCGUUGGGCACUCUUUUGUGCCCAACAGCAAGGCUGGAUGUUAGCCCUUCAUUCCUCCAUUUCUUGACAAAUAUGGAUGUUAUCCAUCAGUACAACUGGGGAAAAUUCUUGCUUGACCGUCUAGUUCGGGAGGUAUCACGUUUUCGUCAAGGGAAGCAACGUGCUGUUGGUGGUUGCCUUUUAUUUCUACAACUUUUCUAUUAUGAGAGAAUCUCUGUUGGAGGACCUCGCGAAUUGGUCCCUACUGUUGUUCCUUGCUUGUCCUCAUGGGGUGAGGAAGAAAUUAGUGAGAGGGAGAAGCGAGAAAAGGAGCUAGGUGGCUAUGGGCGUGGUGAGGUGAUUUACAAGGAGAGGUCCCAAAGUAUGGAGUUAGUAGUGGCAGAUGGAGCUCAACAAGACGGAACACCAGUGGGAGAAGUGGGAACCAUAGUCGAGCACGAUCUUGGCUUUGCUGAUGAUGUUGCCCCGGCAAACGAGGAUAAAGUAAACGGAGAAACUACAACGGAGAAGGAAAAUAUUCAAGUUGAUCUUGAGAAAGGGAACAUAAUCUGUGUGGAUAUGGGGGUGGUGGUUGAACCAGUCAGGGGACCAUGCCGAAACACAGAGUAUGGUUGCCCAGAAGAAUCUGUCACUCACACAGGCAAAAAUGACCACGAAGAAACAUGCAUCUAUGCUCCAUGUUCAUGCCCCCUCCAGAACUGCGCCUUCAUUGGCUCAUCCGAACAGUUAAGCCUACACUUCAGCAGUAAACACCAGGACUCCGGAAGGCGUUUCCAAUACAACUGCCCUCUUCCAUUGUCCUUAAACGACGACGACCAGUUCCUUGUUCUUCAAGCAGAGGACGAUGGUCUUCUUUUUCUCCUCAACAAGGGGGUUGAAACAAUCGGGCAUACCUUAAUGGUAAAUCGUAUCGGGCCAAGUUCUUCGAAGGAGGGUUUCUUUUAUGACCUUGUUUCAGAAAAAGGAACCAGCUCUCUUAGAUUGAAAUCGUGCGUGCAAAGUUUCCCUGGGCUUGUUAUAGGGUUACCGCCCGUAGAUUUUCUUCUGAUUCCGUUUGGUUAUGCUAGUUCAUCAGGACAGCUGAGUUUGGAGGUUUGUAUUUGGAAUUCGACGGAACUUGGUGCUGAUUGAAUUCGAGAUUGGUUAGAUAGUGUGUUUUGAAUUAAAUUAAAUUGUCUCUCGAUCCUCCUCCCUUUAGGUUAUUUUAUAUGUACAGGUCUAUUCUGGGAAUAGCAGUUGUCUUGCUCAGUGAAAAGGACACUAUGGUGAGAAUCUUGUACAUUUGUAAUGUUGUGAAUUGAUAUGAUAUGAAUUGUUUUCCUUUA